CUUGGGCAUCAGCAAAACAAGCUUCCUGAAAUUGAAGCAAGAGGAAUGCAGGGAAGAGAGGCAGAAAGAGAGAGAUGGGAAAGGGAAAGGAAGAGUAAAUGAGCGUUGGCAGUUGAUCAAAGUCCCUAAGGCUGACAAAUGGUGCAUGAUAACAUCUUUCUCCCCCCUUUUUGUUUUCUGAUGCGGUAUUCUCUCCUCGAACAAUGCUGCAAAAACAAUGCCAUCUUCCAAAUUCGUUUUCCUCGGCUUUCUUGUUUCUCUUUCAAUGCGCUAUCCACAAUAAAAAAAAAAACAAGAGGCUGUCAUCUGAUUCUCCAAUCUUUAUCCACAAAGGUAAAACAAAUUGCCUCAACGCCCAUUCAUAUUCAAUGCUCCCUCUGUCUCCCCUCCGCCCUCGCCAGCAGCCUCGAGAGAUACUCCAGCUCCAAUCCAAUGACGUCGAGACUCUCUAGUUCUUCAUCAUCAGGGCCGGAGGACCCUAGCGCAGCAGAGGCUCCAGGCAUGUCGUCGAUGGUAUCAUUAUUAAAGCUGAAGAUGGCGUCUUCUGAAACUUGUUCCUCGUCCUAAGAGAAAUCUAUCCUUCUAUUGGGGCCUUGGCUUGGAUCUCGCCUCUGUAUCCAUCCUCCUUCCUCAAUCUUCGGGUGUAUAUGGCAUGCCCAUUGUCGCCUCAGGAGACUCGUUGCCGUGCUCAUCGGAAGAAUCA